AUGGUCACACAAGAUGAAGAGUGCAGUGACGAGGAGUUAGUUAUUUGCGAUCGUUUUCGACUGGUUCACAAGAUAACCAAAGGCACUUUUGGCACAGUUAUUCUUGGAAUGGAUCUGUUUAAUGAUAAUGAAGUUGCAAUAAAAAUGGAAACUAAGAGUAACAAAAGAAGACAUCGCUUGCUUUUUGAGUAUGACAUUUAUAGAAAUCUGAAAGCUGAAGUCGGAUUUCCUGAAGCAUUUUGGUAUGGUAGUCAAGGAGAUUUUAACAUACUGGUAAUGGAACUACUGGGUCCUUCAUUGGAAGAUUUGUUUAAUUUUUGUGGUGGACGUUUCACUUUAAAAACAGUUUUACUUCUAGCAGAUCAACUGCUUGCAAGGUUACAAGCGCUGCAUGAAUUCGGUGUUAUCCAUCGGGAUAUCAAACCAGACAAUUUUGCUAUGGGUCUUGGAUCAAAACACAAUAUCUUGAUAGAUAUGGGCCUAUGUAAAAAAAUAUGGUCUGCCUCUGAGCACAAAGAUCACAAUCCAUGCUUGAAAAAACGUGCAUUUUGUGGUACCUUACGUUUCGCUUCGCCAAAUGCUCAUCAAGGUGUUGAAUUAUGUCGUCGGGAUGACCUGAUUUCGCUAGCAUAUGCUUUACUCUAUUUCAUGAAAGGUGAUCUACCUUGGUUCAAAUGUAGAGCCGAAACGAUAGCAAAAAGCUCAGAACUGAUCUUUGCUGUUAAAAACGAAAUCAGCGUAGAAGAGCUUUGUACAGAUUGUCCAGAAGAGUUUAUGACGUUUAUCAAGUAUUGCAAUGAAUUAGAGUUUAGUCAAGUGCCAGAUUACAAGGAAAUGAGACGAUUAUUUUGGACACUAUUUUUGAAAAAACAGUUUGCUUUUGACAAUGUAUUCGACUGGGAUCUUUACAAGUAA